CCCAGCCUCUGCUGUAACCCUGUGGUGGCUGGAGUCUGCGUGGAGCGCAUCUGCGAGCAGGAUGCCUGAGGGCCCAGAGCUCCACCUGGCCAGCUGCUAUGUGAACACCAUGUGCAAGGACCUGGUGUUUGCCGGGCCGGUGGAGAAGUCCGAGGUGAGCAGAAACCCUGAGGUGCCCUUUGAGAGCAGCGCCUACACGAUCACGGCCACCUCUCGAGGCAAGGAAGUACGGCUGACACUGAGCCCCCUGCCGGAGGCCCACCCUCCACAGGCACCCCUGGACCUCGUGUUCCGCUUUGGCAUGUCCGGCUACUUCCAGCUGGUCCCAGCGGACUCCCUGCCCAAGCAUGCCCACCUGCGCUUCUACACAAUCUCUCCUGCGCCCAGCCGAGCUCUCUGCUUUGUAGAUAUCCGGCGCUUUGGCCACUGGGAGGUCCAGGGCACUUGGCAGCCUGGGCGAGGCCCCUGCGUUCUGCUGGAGUAUGAGAAGUUCAGGGAGAAUGUGCUCCAGAACUUGGCUGACAAGACCUUUGACAAGCCUGUUUGUGAAGCUCUCCUGGACCAGAAAUUCUUCAACGGCAUUGGCAACUACCUCCGGGCAGAGAUUCUUCACCGACUGAAGAUCCCUCCCUUUGAGAAGGCCCGAACUGUCCUGGAGGCGUUGAAGCAUCGGAAGCUGAACCCAGAACUGAGCUUGAGCAAGAAGAUCAAAGCAAAACUAGAGAACCCAGAUUUGCUGGAACUGUGCCACUUGGUGCCCAUGGAGGUGAUCCAGCUAGGGGGUAAGGGCUAUGGGCCCGACCGGGAGGAUGACUUUUCAGCUUUCCGGGCAUGGCUGCGCUGCUACUCUGUGUCUGGCAUGAAACGCCUCCGGGACAGUCGUGGAAGGACCAUCUGGUUCCAGGGAGAUCCUGGACCUCUGGCCCCCAAAGGAGGGAAAUCCCGUAAGAAGCAUGUGAAGAAAAAAUCCAUCCCUGGUGUUACUGAUUUAGAGGACCCUAUGUCUAUACCAAAGAAGAAGGGCCCCACCAGAGCAAGGAAACCAGGCAAGAAGUCACAGAAGAGGUCUCUUGACCCAGGAGCCAAGGGAAAUGUGGAAUCAACCAGAGGCCCCAGAUCCCAACCCCGAUUGAAGAGUUCUGCUCCAACAUCCCCAGAGAAUGAUCCGGGAGUUCUGGAAGGAAAACAGCAGCUGGUGACCCGAGUACGAACAGCAGGCAGAGCCAGGAAAGGGAAGGCGAAUUCCAAGGCCAGGCUCUCUCCCCCUUCCUCCCUGCCUCCUUCGUCUCACAAAGGGGCUGGUGCCCUUGGCUUAUCUCUUCUUUGAAGUCUUCUUUCAGCCCCAGAGUGGGAAAGGGCCCCCUGGGUCCUCCUGUUCUUAGUCCCACCCAGUGUUGAGAUGGGAAUGUGGCCACAGCAGGAUCAGGGCAGCCGGGAGACCCUGGCACAAGCGGUGUGCUUCAGAUCUUAGAGCAUCCAAUGCUUUUCAUAUGAUGCACAAUCCUGCCCAAAGGUUCAGUAAUUGGUGUCUGAAAAUGAUUGAUUUCCAGAACUGACAGCAACGGGUUGGUGUCAGGUGAGGCACCUAGAACUCUGGAACCCCAAUUCCUCUCUGCCCCACCCCAUCCCAAGGUGGGAAGGAAGCCCAGAUGCCUUUCACCCCUCUCCUUUCUCUCCCACCCCAAUCAGGUAUCCCAGGCCCUUGCCCUCUGCCCCUCACACCAACUGCUCCUAUCCCAACAGAGCUGGGAAUCCAGGAUCAUUUUAGAACUCUUAAACCAGUUUGGGAGAUGCUAUAUUUUUUAUAUUGACAAUAAAAUCUGACUAGAAACCCUAA